AAAAAGAAAUUGAUAUACUUUUUAAAUAAAUACAUAUUUGGGGAAAGCAUUUCAGUUCAACUUUUAAGGCUUGACUUCACCCAUCCCAUAGCAAUAUGCAUUAAGAAAAACAUGCAAGCCUUAAACUUAAAUGUCUUAACAGAUAUCAGAUUGUGCAAUAGCCUAAAUGUUGUUCAUAUUUUUUCUGGGUUUGUAUUCCUUUUUUAUAAAAAAGAUUAAGGAAGGUAAUAAAAUAUUACUCAAGAACAUAACAGGUUCCUUUGGAGCUCUUAAAUUGAUUUUUAAUGCUAAGUAAUCUGAUCAGCUUUUUACUAGAGUUCCGUUGGGGGGGGGGGGGGAGGAAAACAGGUUGUUGUGGGGUUUUUUUGGUGGAAAAUUUCUAAACUGUUUCCAUUUUUCAGGGUUCUGAAUUGAUUCAUUUUUUGGGACAGUUUCCACAGGAUUUUAGUGUGUGAAAUUUUUGUUUAAUAUUUUUGAGCAUUAGUUUGAUUUUAAAAAAUCAAUGAAAAUAUUGAAGAAACAUCUGCAGAACCCAGAUGUUGAUAAUUUUUCAUGAAAAGAUCUUUGAGAAAAAGCCACUUUUUUUUCUUAAAUAAAACUAUGGAAAAACUUUGACCAGAUCUACUUAAUUUUUUUUAACAUAGUGAUGCAGCCUACACGAACGGUUGUCAUGUGUAACACAACUUUCGAUCACCGCGAAAACACCGCCCUGGGAAAGCGUCCAUGCUUGAUAUCGUUUGGUUCAUGAACAUUAAGUUUCCAGUACAGGUAAAAUCCCAGAUGAAGCCAAAGCCCUCUCUUUAUUGGCUCCUGCUCCUACUAUGACAAGCCUGAUGCCUGGUGCAGGGUUGCUUCCUAUACCCACACCAACUCCUCUGACUACUCUUAGUGUUUCACUUGGCACGUUGGGAGCUAUACCAGCAGCAGCACUGGACCCUAAUAUUACAGCACUUGGAGAAAUACCACAGCCACCAAUUAUGGGAAAUGUGGAUCCUUCCAAAAUUGAUGAAAUUAGGAGAACAGUCUACGUUGGAAAUCUGAAUUCUCAGACUACAACAGCAGAUCAGCUGCUUGAAUUUUUUAAACAAGUUGGAGAAGUGAAGUUUGUGCGAAUGGCAGGUGAUGAGACACAACCAACACGGUUUGCUUUUGUGGAAUUCGCAGACCAAAAUUCUGUACCUCGUGCUCUUGCCUUUAAUGGAGUUAUGUUUGGAGACAGGCCACUGAAAAUAAAUCACUCCAAUAAUGCAAUAGUGAAACCUCCUGAAAUGACUCCACAAGCUGCUGCCAAGGAGCUGGAAGAAGUGAUGAAGAGAGUAAGGGAAGCCCAGUCUUUCAUAUCGGCAGCUAUUGAGCCAGAGUCUGGAAAGAGCAGUGAAAGAAAAGGCGGUCGAUCUCGUUCCCAUUCUCGUUCAGAGUCCAGAUCUAGUUCAAAAUCCCGAUCUAGAAGGAAAAGAUCACACUCAAAACGCAGGAGUAGAUCACACAAUAGAUCACUCUCUAGUCAGAAGGAUAGGCGUAGAUCCAAAAGUCCUCCCAAAAAACGUUCCAAGUCUAAGGAAAGGCGGAAGUCAAGAAGUCGUUCUCAUUCCCGGGACAAGAAAAAAGACAAAGAAAACAAAGAAAAGGUCAAGGAAAAAGAAAAGGUCAAAGAGAAGGACAAGGACCGAGACAGGGAGAAGGAGAGAGACCGAGAUAAAGAAAGAGAGAGGGAGCGGGACAGAGACAAAGAGAGAAACAGGGACAAGGAUAGGGAGAGAGAUAAAGAAAAAGACAGGGACAAGGACCGAGAGAGGGACAGAGACAAAGAAAAGGAGAGGAACAAAGACCGGGAGAGGGUCAAGGACAGGGACAAAGAGAAGGAUAGGGAGAAGGACAGGGACAAGGAGAAGGAGGUAGUCCGGGACAAGAAGGAAACGGACCUGGAGAAAGGGGGGGACAGGGACAAGGAAAAGGAUCGGGAGAAAGAGGGGGAAAGGGAGAAGGUUAAGGAGAAGGACAGGGAGAAAGACAGAGAGAAGAAGGAGGGUGACAAGGAGAAGGACAAAGACAAGGAAGGGGACAAAGAGAAGGAACGGGAAAGAGAAAAAGAGAGAUCCAAAGAGAGUGAUGAUAAAAAGAAGAAAGAGAAGAGAUCCAGAACACCUCCCAGAAGCUACAGUUCUCUAAGAAGAUCUCGUAGUUCCAGCAGAGAAAGGCGUAAGAGGAAGAGUAGAAGUCCUUCCAAGUCUCCAAAAACAUCCAAAACAUCCAAGAGAAAGUCCUCUCGGUCUCCAUCACCAAGGAGCAGAAAUAAGAAGGACAAAAAGAGAGAGAAAGAAAAGGAUUCAAAUAAUGAAAGAAAAGAGAGAGAGCAAUCCACAUCCAAGAAAAAAAGUAGCAAAGAAAAAGAUGGGAAGGAGAAGUCUGACAAAACCACUACUACACUGAAGGACAAAGAUCACACUAAAGAGGAUCCGAAUUCAGAAAUUAACAAGACAGUAGACAACAAUGAUGCACAAAGGACAGAGGAAGUCAAACUACAACAGAAUGGGAACUGUCAACCAAAUGAAGAAAACCUCUCAGUUAAAAUGGAAGAGGUAUAAAGUAAUGAAUGGACCUCUGACUCAACUGUGGGGUGAAUCCAAAGCUUUUUAUUUCCCUGAAAGAGGAAGAAAACAUCAAAGCAAUCUACUGAGCAGGUUGAUAUGUACUAGUAGCUCUUCCAAUCCUUGUGAUAGCUUUGUUGUCUUCUUGCUGGAAAGCAAGAAAGACUAUGGACCAGUAAUAUAUGCCAUGAUAAAGGCAAAUGCCAUCAGAACUAUUCAUCUGUGAGAAUCCAUGCAUUUCCAUGAUGGCUGUACUUAUUUGUAAAAUGAUUUAUGUUAACUUUUGCCAAGAACUGUUUCAAAUAAGUGGAAGUUGAAAGAUGUAGACCUGUAUAAGCUGGCGGUAUGCAUUGGAAGUUGUUAAAAUAUUGCUAGUUAAUGAAUUUUGUAUUGUUUUUCCUUGUGUUUUUUUUUUUUUUUUUUUUUAAUUUCAAUGUGUACUGUUUUGAUGAUGUGCUUGGAAAUGGUGCAAAAAUACACACUUUCCCUUGUAAAUGACAGCUAUGGAAAAAAGGGUUUUUACUUUAGUACAUAGUUUUGCUGUUAUUGCGUUAAACGCCCACUGACUAUUAAGUUUUCAUUUGCUCACUGCUUGGAUUCAUUUUUUCUUAUUUAAAGUCAUUUUCUUAUUACUAUCCCUAAAAUGAAUAUUUCUUUUAAUAGUAGUUGAACAAGGCAUGCUACUGUCCUAUUUAUAGAAGGAAAAACCACCAUAUUGUAGAUAAUAAUUUAGCUUACUGGGUUUCUUUCCCCUCUCCUACCCUCAAAAGUGAGCACAUCUGUACAGUGGUAUCAGAACUUCUGGUUUUGUUUUGAGCCAUAUUGCAGUGGGUCUGUUCAGCUGCAUAUGGUUCAGGUCUCAUUAUGAAAAUCAAUACCCCUGUUUUCAAAAUAGUAUAUGGGAGCACAAGCUAAAGCUUUAGUGCCUUCUUAAAAUGUGGUAUAUUUUCUGGAACUUUAUGUAUGCUAUUAAUUUUCAAUUACAUCUUACAUAAUCUCGAUGGCUGUUCUACCAACACCACACCAGUAGACAAGAAUGUGAGUGUUUUGUCAGAAAAGCUGUGCUGGGUUCACUUGGUACAAGAUUGAAGCUCCAUUUUUAAGAAGAGAUUUAUAAAUGAAUGCAAAAGUGCAGUUUGGAGACCAUCGUACUAUGAAGUAUGGUAACUGAAUACAGAGCAUGCUCUAAUUUCACCAAAAUCAAAGGGAGCUCUUUAAACUUUUUCUGUACAUUGAAUGGCCUUAAUCAUUACCUCUCAAUCAUCUUCUCUAAUGUUGGUUGUGUGAUGUGAAAGGAAUUGUGUGCAAAGUUUGUUUGAAAAGAAUAGUAGUUGAAUUUACAUUAGAGUUAUAUGAUAGAGAUUCUAUGUCCUUCUUGGAUCCAUUCUUUGGGGAGAAAGCAUGUAACUUGAGAGAAUGACACACUGCAAAUAUUUUGUCAAGUAAAAUGUGACUUGUGCUCUGAAGUAAUCUCAUCAUUGUAAGAUUUCUAAGUCAGACCUUUAAAACUUGUUUAAUACUAAAAUCAAGUAGACUUAUUUUUAAUACAGUGUAAUACAAUCAAAAGACUUAAUUGCCUUACCUCAUGGGAAGAGUUAUUUCUAUCAAUUUUAAAAGCUAAGUAGCAUAUUAGUUAGUUACUUUCAAUUUGAUUUUCCUUUUUAAAGUUAAUACUUACAGAAGCCUAAGUGUUUUAUGGGGAAUGAAAAGUUGCCCACUUUAUAAGGUAAUGAAACCCAGUUUGUGCAGCUGCUUAAUCACUCUUUAUUUUUGUUAGGAUUUGAAGUAUCUCGCCAUUGUGUACCAUUAAAACUAUAGAAAAUGCUUUACCGUGUAAAGUAUAGAUGGUCAUUUUUGUGAUGUUUAAGCCACAUGCAGUUGGCUGGUGAACAGCUUAUUCCAAUAAAAGAAUGACAAAUCUGUAUGCUUAUAGAAAGACUGAAGGAUCAGGUCUUGCAACAACAGCUGUCUUAUUUAUGUGUAAGUAGCAUAGAGCAAAGAUUGUUUGUAUACUUGUUAUCUUUGGUACCAUUUCACUAAUAAAAUUAAGUAUUUUAGAGGGAAGUUUUUGCUUAUAUACAUAUAUUUGAAAGGAACAUUCUUAGUUUAUUAUUCAUCUACUUUUUCUCAGGGGGUUGCUUUGAUUUGGAAAGUGCAUGCCAGUAAUAUACAUAGCAUUUAAAAAAUUAGCUUUUAUAUGAUAUCUUUCCUUGUGAGAAGUCAAACAUGGCUUCAUGUUUCAGAUGUCAACAUUUAUUUUGAUUCCUAUUGGUUGUUUUUCUUUCUAGUAUUCUGAAAUUGCACAGCUCUAUAAUAUGGUAGAAAUUCAUAAAAGAUUACCUACGGUUGUCUAAGAACAGUAUCUUUGAAAAAUUGAAAAUUUGCAACAGCAGACUAGCAGUUUUACUAGCUAGUUGGAGUAUGUGUUCCAUAAUUUAGCAUAUUCUCUUGUACUGCGGGAUUUUUCCUAGAAAGUGUGGUAGUUUUCUUUCUCUGAAAAAAAUAGAAAUUGCUGUUUUCUUACAAGCCCUAGUUUUUCAGUUUGCUUUGUAAAUAUUUUUCAUUUCUAUUUUCAGUUUUUCUUUAAAAUUAUUUUUAUUUUAUUACUCCAUUUUUCCUUCCCCAAAAGCCCACCACCAGGGAAUUAGCCUCAUCCAAGAAUAGUGCCUCUGCAGUAGGUAAAUUGUAUUUAUAAGGCUGGUGCUUAGUAAUACAGUUCAUGCCCUGCUCCCCAAGGAUCGUGUGCAUCAACUAUUCAAAAUGCACAGCCUCCACUAGAUGACCAGUGUCUCCUUCAUAGCAGGGUUGCAUGCUGUGCUGCCAUGUCACAUUGCAUUUUUUAUCAUCAGUCUAGGUAAACUAGCUGAAAGUGAGUGAAGUAUAUAUUUUCAAGAACAACAUAUUUAAUAAUGGUUAGAUAAAUAUUUUAAAUAUGGUUUCAUCUGAAUCAACAUUUGCCGUAGCUGAAAGUGUUGGCGAAUCAUAGUUUAACUUCUGGGAUUUUUCCACUCUGAAAAGAGACUGUAAAAAUGGCAUCUUUUAUCCAACAAAUCUGAAUGUUUGUUCAGAAUUAUCUGCGAACAGUAGUGACUAACAUUAUUUUUGCAACUUAUUCUUGUAGGGGUGACACAGCUAAGAAAAAGUGAGCUGGAUUCUGUUUCAAGAUUGUUGUUUUUUUGACGUUCCAAUUACAGGGCUACGCAUUUAACUCUGUGUAAAUCAAUUGAGGUAAAUAGGGUUACACAGAUGCUACGAAGGAAAUAAUUUUCCCUGCAAAACCUUUAUUGGGGAAGGGGAACGAAGAUCCUCGAUCCCACAAUUCCAUGAUUAUAGUCACUUUUCAGGGUAGAACUCAUAAAGUCAAAAUUUCAUCCUUUGUGCAAAAAUGUGUUGUGUUUAUCCAUUGUAGAACUUAAAGGUUUGAAUUUCAGUACUUUUUACCUAAGCAGAAAAUAAUAAGCAAAGGCAAUUUUGGAUGGUAAAAAAAAUUGCUCACAUGUACGUUCUCUUCAGAAUGCCUUCAUUUUUUUCCAUUCAUCUAAAUAAUAAUUAAACACAAGUAGUUCUUGUCUCUUCAAGAAGCUAUCUUCUACUUAGGUUUUUAGAACUGAAAUAUCUGAUUUGUUUUUUUGUUUGUUCAUCUUAUAAUGAAAUAGGAUUAUAGCUAACCCAUUCUUAUUUUGCUAGACUUUCUUUAAAAAAGAUGAUGAAAUCGUAUGUGUCUUUUGUAGCUGUUAGCCUGAAAAUUGGGUUUCAGCAGUAUAAACUAUGAACCAUUUUUAAAUAUCUGCACUAUUACAAGCAAGUCUGGGGAUAUGAUGGACCUGAUCCACCACAUGUUGCUCCUCCAGCUUUAUUUUAGUGUGACUAUUGAUUUCAUUGCAUUUUCAACCAGGUUAAAAUGGGAGUGACACAAAAGUAACAGUGAUGAAUUGGACCUAGUGGGUCUGAUCCUCCAAUCUUCACUCUGGUAAAACUCCCAUUAAAAUCAGCAGGUGCUUAUUUGAGAAAGAUGUAGUGUUCCUCCCCAAAAUAUGGAGAAUGGAUAGAUGAAAUUCAUAGAUGUAUGUCGUUUGUUUUACAUUAAAGGCUUGUCUACACUUAACUCUUUAGUGUAGAAACUACUUACACUGAUGGAAGGAAUUCUCCCGUCGGCAUCCACCUCCCUGAGAGGCAGUAGCUAGGUUGAUGGAAGAAUUCUUCCGUAGACUUAGCACUGUGAGAUGGAGACUUAGGUCAGCUUACCUAUGCCAUUCAGUGGUAUGGUUUUUCACACCCCUGAGCAAUUUAGUUAUGCCAACUUAAUAUCUAGUGUAGACCAGGCCUUAGUCUUACAGUCAACUUAUCUUCAGAUGGCGAUUAUUUGAUUAUUGUGUAAUCAUGAAAAAAGCUGAGUCAACUUCCAUCUAAUGUUUAUUAUAUAUUGAAAAUGAAAAGUAAAGCAUUUAAAUGUAGUUUUGUGUGAGAUAGGCAUCCCCUCAGCCACAAACAUUUCAUUCCAAUCUUAUCAAGAGCUCCUUUGCAUACAGUAUUUAUAUCCUAUUUCAAAUCCAACAACAAGGAGGCUUGUCAUCACGUUUUCUGCAUAGCUCGUGCUGCUCUAGGCAUCUAUCUAUCAUACCCUGCAUGAGAGCCAUCUAAGUAUCUGAGCACAUCAGUGUAUGUUUUUUUCCUUUACUGCAUUCCAUAUUCAACAAUUGAAUAAGCUGGUCUUGAGAUGUGUCGGCUACCUUUCCCCCAGUGCAUCUCUUACUUUCGGUAUAAAGCAUGACCCAGUCAGACACUGGCCUGGUCUGAGAAGGAAACCAUUUUCCCCCUUUAUACUUUAUCAGUUGUAUUUGUAAUGGUAUUCUACAAUUCAGAAACAUUACAAACUAUUUCUCAUAGACUGUUUUGAAAUGAUCAAUUCUACAAUUUAAGAAGAUGAAAAAGAGCUUUGUCCCAGUAAAGUUUGACUAUUUUGUGACUAUUGGGCCUACUGCAGGAUGAUAGUGCCUUGUAAAAAUGGACUCUAGCUGUUUGCUUGUUUUCUGCUUUAGAAAUCUUUAUCCUAUGAUUAUUUUUGAGAAUAUUUGACCUGUUUUGAUUGUAUAUUGUUUUAAAGAGUCAGUUUAGUGCCACGUUUUGACAGACAUGGAUACUGAAGUCUUUUGAUCACAAAAUAAGUAUCACCCUGCAGGGGCAGCUCCAGGCACCAGCGCAGCAAGCGCGUGAAUAGGGCAGCAAGCCACAGAGGGCGGCCUGCCAGUUGCCCUGGGGGUGGCAGUUAGGCUGCCUUCGGCGGCAUGCCUGCAGGAGGUCCGCCGGUCCUGCAAAUUCAGCGGUGGCGACGCCGAAGGCGCAGCUUUGGUGGACAUCUCAGCAGACAAAGGCCGCCGAAAGCCACCUGACUGCCGUGUUUGGGGUGGCAAAAACCAUAGAGCCGCCCCUGUCAUCCUGGCAGUAGUAGUACAAUCUUUCUCACAGAUUGGUUGAUGUGCCUCACAUCUGACCUGAAAGGACUGCCAUUGGCAACAGUAAGAGCGUAGCUUAGUCUUACCAUCCAUUCAGCCCUUAGAGUCACUAAUGAGACUUCCAGCUCAAUGGUGCCAAUUGAGAGUGGUUUCCAGGAUAUGGAGAACUGUCCACUACAAACUAAAUUUGGGACAACUAAUUCAUAACUCUCAGGUCAGUGGGCUUUCAGUCAGUGACUAAUGAAUUUGGCUUUGAACUGGUGAGUUAAGGUAAAAGAUUCAUACAUCUACAUCAAUUCUGUAAUCCAAACAACUAUUUUUCAUGAACUGCUGAAAAAUUGCCAGUUAACAGAUUCAUAACUCCACUAUUAUUUAAACAAAACAACCUGGUGGUGGAGCACUGGAGAUAGCUAGGUAGUUAUGCACAGUUCAUUUCAUUAAUCAUUAGCGGAUCCUUGGCCUCUUCUCUAGAUCUCUAAGGUGCAGAGCCCAUGUUUUACUUUUUGCACAAUAUCUAGCACAAAAAACUCCCUGAUCUGACUGGGGACUCGGCACUACUGUAAUAAAAAUUGUUACUAAUAAUUUCCCUUCUCCUAAUAUUAGAUGUUUCUGAUAAUAAAAAAGUAAAAUUGUUCUGUGUGGGUUAUGUAUACUUGUGUGUUAAUAAAGUAAUUAUUAAAUAGUAUGAGUAAAGAACUGUCAAAUGCUGCUACUAUUAUGUUGCUAUUUUUGUAAAUAAAUAAGUCCUAAGGUUUUUUUGA